AUGGUGCGGCGGCCGCCCGGGAGCAGCCACGCGCCGCGCUCGGCCGCCGACCGCGGGCAGCCCACGGGCAGCGCUCGGCCGCCGCCGGGCCCAGGGGCAGCGCGGAGCGGCGCGGAGAUGGUGCCGCUGGUGCGGGGCGCCGGGGGCUCCCACCAGUGGCUGGCGGCCGUGCUGCUCGGCCUCUGCUGCCUGCUGCCCGCCGGGCGGCUCGCCGCGCCGGGAGGGGACUUCCCCGGGGCGGCCGCGGACAGCCUGGUGGUGCGGAAAGGGGACACGGCCGUGCUCAGGUGUUACUUGGAAGAUGGAGCUUCCAAAGGCGCCUGGCUGAACCGCUCGAGUAUUAUUUUUGCUGGCAGUGACAAGUGGUCGGUGGACCCUCGAGUUUCCAUCGCGACAGCAAACAGGAGAGAGUACAGCCUGCAGAUCCAGGACGUGGACGUGACGGAUGACGGUCCCUACACCUGUUCCGUGCAAACCCAGCACACUCCCAGAACGAUGCAGGUGCACCUCACUGUGCAAGUUUCUCCGAAGAUAUUUCGUAUUUCGAGUGACAUCGUUGUGAACGAAGGCAGCAAUGUUACUCUGGUGUGUCUGGCCACCGGGAAACCAGAGCCGUCCAUUUCCUGGAGGCACAUCUCUCCAUCAGCAAAACCAUUUGAGAGCGGGCAGUACCUGGACAUCUACGGAAUUACAAGAGACCAGGCUGGGGAGUAUGAAUGCAGCGCAGAAAACGACGUCUCAGUCCCAGACGUGAAAAAAGUAAAAGUCACAGUAAACUUUGCCCCCACAAUUCAGGAACUUAAGUCCAGCGGAGUGAUGCUCGGAGGGAACGGCCUCAUCCGGUGCGAAGGCGCGGGCGUUCCUGCCCCGGUCUUUGAGUGGUACAGAGGAGAGAGGAAACUGAUCAGUGGUCAACAAGGAAUUACUAUUAAAAAUUAUAGUACAAGAUCACUUCUUACUGUUACCAAUGUGACAGAAGAGCACUUUGGCAACUAUACCUGUGUUGCUGCCAACAAGCUUGGGACGACCAAUGCCAGCCUGCCUCUCAACCCUCCCAGUACGGCCCAGUACGGGAUCACCGGGGACGCCGAGGUCCUGUUCUCCUGCUGGUACCUUGUGUUGACACUGUCCUCCCUCACCAGCAUAUUCUACCUGAAGAACAUCAUUCUGCACUGAGUGUAAAGAACCCUAAAAGGCUUUUAAGGAUUCUCUGAAAGUGCUGAUGACUGGAUCUAAUCUGGUAGAGUUUGUUAAAAGCAGCGUGGGAUAUAAUCAGCAGUGCUUACGUGGGGGAUGAUCGCCUUCUGUAGAAUUGCUCAUUAUGUAAAUACUUUAAUUCUACUCCUUUUUUGAUUAGCUGCAUUACCUUGUGAAGCAGUACACAUUGUCCUUUUUUAAGACGUGAAAGCUCUGAAGUUACUUUUAGAGGGUAUUAAUUGUGAUUUCAUGUUUGUAAUCUACAAGUUUUCAAAAGCAUUCAGUCAUGGUCUGCUGAACUGCAGACCGUAGUUUACAAAAAAAAAAAGGAGAAUAUUGCAGUAAAAUGGGCUUCUUUAAGGCUGCAAUACAACAUUCAGUUCCCUUCUUAAAUAACAUUCUAUCCACAUGUACACAGGAACUUUUUUUCUUUUUUGAUAAAAAAAAAAACAAAUCAAAUAAUAUUGCCUUCAAAAUACUUCUUCAGAAUAUUACACAUAUCUAGAUUUUCUUCCAGCAUGAUAUUCAGGUUUCAAGAAUGAGCCUUGUAUUAUAACUGCCUUGUGCAGUACUGCUUUUUGGUUUCUUCCUUUUUCCUGCAAAUUCAGCAUGGGUGUGCCUUCAUAAAAACACUAUUUUCCUCUUCCUCUCCAACAAAUCUGGAAUGUGCUUUGGGAAAUGCUACAGCAUCCUUUUGAGCAUAACCAAUCUCUAUCUGAGGACGAAGGUGCUAUUGGCUAAGGAGAACACCUCCUCUCCCAUCUCCAGUGGGUAAUGGAACUGCUUCAGACGUAGAUUUUUAGGCAAUCAGACGAGGAUAGCACCGAUUCCUUUUUCUUUUUCCCCCUACUAAGCGGUGGACGAUCUGCAUUAAAAACUAGUGUUCCCAUUACAAAAGAGAACGCAAAUUGUUUUGAGGCAUCUUUUGAAUGUAAGAAGGCUUCCCGUAGUCAUUCUAAAUCAGAAUUCCUAAGUGGUUGUAAAUGUAAGAAGCUGAAUCAUCCCUUUUGUAUUACUGGCAAAAAUAUUAUGUGAAUUGGUAUUUUUCUUGCACUUAAUUUUGUACUGGUUUGGCUAAUUUAGCAAUGAUAAAGGAUGCUUUUAAGUAUUAGAUAUCUGAAAAUACAUAAAGUAUCGAGCAGAAUUUUAUAUAUAUACGUAUAUAUAUAUAAAAUACAGAUAUAUAUUAAAACGAGGUUGCUCCAAUAACCGUACUGAAGUGCAUGCUGCCGUCAAUGAUGCAUCUACAGCCAGGACUUUGUUCCUGAUGUACAGACACUGUACAAAUAGCUUACCGCAGCAGUUUAGUCGUCAUACACGAUCUCCUAGGACUGCAGUCUAUCAAGAUAAGACUCUCAUUAAACUCAAUGAAGGAUCGAGUUUCAAAAGAGCACGUAACAUCACUAUUUUUUCGAAGCAGCCCCAUACUACAUCGCUGCAAAAUGUUGCUGCAGUUUACAGCUGAAUUUAAAAAUGCCAUCCUUGUCAAUUGCUGGGACGUGACUGUGUCCAACAGCCUUUGAACACAACAUCUCCUAUUGACCCCAGUAGAUGCUGAUGUGCUUAAAAAAAACCAACAGCUGACGACAUGAAUAAUAAAGCCAUUAUGUAAGUAAGUACUGCAUUCCCUCUCCUAACGAUAAGGUCUGUGGCUAGCAAUACCAGAUGAGUGCUGUGCAAAUGCAGCAGUUCCAAAUACCCCCGUUUCUGAAAAGGCAAAUUCUGAGUUUGGUUGGUCUCACUGUGUACUGUCCCAUGCUAACGUGCAGACGCAAUGUGUGGUGAACCUGUUGCAGUUACUGAUGAACCCAGAGGCAGGGUACAAAGUGCCGUAUUCUGGAGUCAACACAUUUCAAUAAAAUGUCCCAGGUCUGCUUGUGUUCAGUGACAGGUUGUACUGCUUCUAUCAUGUUGUUUGCAGCUGUGUGCUGAGCAGUGGCCAUUUUCAGAACUGUGGCAUUUUUGUAAAUCCUUGAAUAACAUGACCAAAUUCAUUCUUGAAGGAAACGGUUUAAAGCCAACUCAAAUUAGACUCCACACGGUCCUUAUAUUCAGCUCUCCUUUGUAUUGCAGCUUUAAAGUGCUAUAUUUUAGAAUCCGUUCGUUGGAAACAGUGGUGCUGCAGAAAGUAUCACAUCAGUGCAGUCUUGUGAAGAAAGCAAAGGGGUGUGCGUUACCCAGCCCACCUGCUGCUCCUCGUGUGAAUCUGAGAUGGGGCUGUGCUGGGGCUGGGUUAAAUUGGGCAUUUCCAUUACGAUUUCAUUUCGGUGAUUACUGACACCUGGAACCUAAUGAUCCCAGCAACAGAAGGGAAUGGACGGCAGCUUUCUUAAACAUGAAGGAAAGGAGGUGUUGACUGCUGGCAGGCGUAGAGCCACUGGGUUACAGGGACAAGGCUUUCAGUCCCAUCUCUGAGUUUUCCCUUACAUUUGUGAGUACGCUGUUGUUGUCAAUUCCAAAAAGGAGAGGAGCCCACGAAGGUUUCUGGGGGCUGGUAGUGGUUUGUCAGGCAGAGGAGCUGUGUGCUCGGCAGUGCAGGGGCUCACUGUGCCAGCGGAGCCAGUGCUCGGUGUGCAGCCAGCACAGGGCACGGGUGCUCAGCUUCGAGCACCUGCCCCGAAGGACAUGGCACGUGAAGUGAAACUAGCUCAGGUUUUGGCAGGAUCGGAGCUCGAAGCAGCAUCGAUCUGAUAAAGAACCUCGGCUCUGCGGUUAAUCCGUCCUGUGUGCAUAAUGAAUUGUGAGGUUUGGGACUUGCUGGGACGUUCUUCCAGCACGGGCAGCUGCAAUCUGAAGGCCGAGGUGCUGGGCAGAGCCCAUUCACUCUGUAGUUUGUGGGCUGCGUUUGGUUUAGGCAGCCGUCGGACGGUGCGUUCUGUGCUUCUUGGAAUGGUUGACCCAUGCUGUUCAUGUCUGUUGGUCAAGUAAUAUUCUAUUUAUUCCCACCUUUAAAACGUGAAAAAUAAACGGCUGAGCUCCAAGCAGUAAAACUGAAUAUGUAUGUUAAGAUCACUGUCUGCGUUGGAAACCCCGAGAUCUGUAAUGCCAUAAGUUCCUACUCGUGCGAUAACUCAGGUCUGCUAAUUACCAUUGCGUCGGUGACGUCAGCAGCAGCGAUGCUCUAACGGUAGCGUUGCUGAUCAGGAUGUUAUUCUGUUUAGUCUGUUACCGAAUUAAAGGAUAUCUAUCUAUCUCGUAACUUCUUGAACAAAUGCCAUUUCUCCAGGCUUACAACUUGGCAGGAAGCGUAUUCAUCAUUGCUAAACAGCUUUUUUUUAAACUUUGCGAUAGAUCUAUUUUUUUUAGAAACCGUGCUGUUUUUUAAGAUACAGGGGUGUUAAACACCGCCACCAGGAGAAGCUGCUUUUUUGCACAUUUUCAAAGUUGUUAGCAUUCUAGACCAACAAUGGUAAAUGUGACGCUUACCAAAAUCUCUUCUUAUUCCACGUAAGUGUGUUCUAAAGAAUGUGUAUACCAAAAUACGUAUUUACAUGGAUGAACAAUAUGCCUUAAAGUCUCAGUGUGCAUUUACUUCCAGGGCUGGACCAGAUUUAUGCCCGGUCUGGAGGUAAAUAAUCCAUACUUCAUAGCCUGCCAUGGGAGAGCUCAUUUCUUCAAAGGAAAAAAAAAAAAAAAAAAAAGAAAGGGGAAAAAAAAAAAGCAAACAAGGAAAAUUCAGUUUCUUUUCAAAGAACCUUAACGCAUUUCAAAAUUCUUGCAUAAUCUGACAUACGUGAGGAAGUUCAGGAAAGGGGUGAAGCUUUAGCUCUAGCCCCAGCAGUGAGCAGCCUGUUCGUAGUGUUAUGCCAGCACCAGGCACUGCCAUAGAGACCUCGUUCCUGUGCCAAGGCCAGAGGCAGCCCUGUCCCUGUCCCCAGCCCUGUCCCUGUCCCUGUCCCCAGCCCCAUCAUGGCCAAGCUGCCAAGUCAGCACAGCCUGUCCUCCUCCUGUGCCCACCCCAGAGACCAGCACGCCCAUAGCCCCCAGCUGUGCCACAGCAGAGAAAAGAAAAUCCUUAAACACCAUAAAUUAUUAAAAAAAAAAAAAAUCUCAUAAAUGAGAAAUAUAAAUUCUUCAUUCAGCCUUAACAGAGAGCAGAUAAAUAGUUGGAAGGAGGAAUUUACUUUGCAUGCGUGUUGAUGCAGUGAACACGCUCAAGCUGGGUUGGCUCCAGCUUUCGGUCGUGCCUGGUGUUCCUCACUGAGCAGGGAGGGAAGGGAGGGGCUCGGGACAGCCAGGCUGGAUUCUCAGGGACUGCUGCUCUGAAAUUGUCCCUCAGCAAAGGCAGGGAGACCUCACCUUCAGCACUGAGCCAACACCAGUUUGCUCCUACAGCUUUCCGCCAACAUUUAGGCCUCAUUCUUGAAGAGCUCAGAGGUUCCUUUAUGUUAGAAAAUCUUUAUGUUAAGAAUUGCAGACAUCGCCGUAUUUUCACAUCCCAUAACCUUAGUUUCCAGCCCUCUGUCCUUUAAAGAACACGGAGCUUUCCUGUCAGCUGGUGGGAUUGAAUCUGUACUGUAGGACAAGCUGCAGGGCUGAUCUGCCGGCCUCUGGGUGCUGGCCUGCCUCCUGCUGAGGUCAUGGGGCCAUCGGGCUGUCAUGCCAUCACGUCAUCAGGACAUCAAGCCAUCGGGUAGUCAGGCCUCAUGGCAUCAGACCUCAGUCCAUCGGGCCAUUAGGCCACCGGGUGAUGAGCCAUCAUGGCACUGGGUCACCAGGUCACCGUGCCAUCAGGCCGUGAGGCCGUAAGGCCGUCGGGUCAGCGCGCCGUGGGCAGCAGAGCAGCUGCCCAGGGAUGUGCCAGCUCUGCUGGCCCUCAGCCGGUGUCCUGGUGGCUGUGGGCUGCCCGGUGAUCCUGCAGGGCUCCCUCUGACCCAUGCCACCCCAUCCCUGGGAGAGGAGAGGUGAGGUGCAGCAGGGACCUUCCCUGUGCUGCUGCUCAGGCAGACCGGGGCCCUUGGCUCUCCAAUGGGAGCACCUUCGAACCAGACUGCAAGCAGUAAUGCAAAGUACCACAGCUGAAAGUCAUCUUACUUGUGGUCACUUUGAUCACCUGGUAGCUCCUCACAUGGCCUCUGUGGCCCCUGUGCCACCAAGUAAACCCGAGCCCCAUUAGCAGAACAAAUUACACGUGUGCAGCAAGCCAGAAUUUGGUGAGGAGGGGACGUGAGCACGAGCCAGUGUUGUGCUGCUGCUGCAGACACAGGAAUUUCCCCUCUUAUCUUCCAAAUAUGAAAGUAUUCAUUAUUCCUCCAAACUGUUUUUUUUUUGUGCUGCCAGAUAGAAAAUGCCUGUAAUGAUGAUAUAUAUCAUAUCUGGUAUCUAGAGGGUGAAAUUUCUUCUCUCCUAACGCACAUCCAUCCUUCUCUUUAUUAUUUUUCAGCCAAAACCAAAACACAAUUCGCACAUUACGUGAUGCAAUUUAUGUGCAAUAACACCAGCUUUUCCACUUAUCAAAACCAUUAUAGUCAUAAGCACAUAACUCCCAUUAACCCCAGUGACAGCAACUUAAAUGUGAACCACAAGUGAGAAUAAACCUUAAAGACAUCAUUUAACAGCAGCAGCCUUGUUUUCUGGUACGUGUCUAAUGGCGAGAGGGAGGCUCAUUUCUUACUCCCUGCACCUUUUUGGUUUUUCCUCCUCAUGGAAAGUGCCCUUUCCCUACCUGCAGGGCGGUCGGUUCGGUUUGGAGGUGCGGUGGUCGGGAUGUGCUUUGUGCUCAGGAGCAUCACCUCGGGUAGCAGUGCCCAGCGGUGGCUGGACAGCCCACGCCGUGCUAACGAGGCAGCUCCUCGCUGCAAGUCAGGCUCUGCAGCAGCUACAGGAGGUAGCACGGUUCAUUAGGCUACAACAGCUUAAAGAUGUUAAAGGGACUGGUUUUCCUCUCUCAUUUAAGUGCGUUGGCUUGCUCUUCCGUGGGACUUUGAAUUCACUGUUUUCUUCAUUAACUUUGACCUUUUUACAUCUAUUACAGUAAGAAAAAAAUAGAGUUCACUUUAGAGCAAGCUACUGCAAACUCGCUUCGCCCGGGCUUCUACAAAGCCUGGCACAGGAAAGCCACUGUUUCCUCUACUGAAAGGAUUUCAGGUUAGGGAUCCUAAGCUGCUCUAAGUUGGUACUCGGUUACUCUCAGCUGGGCACGGGCCCCUUUCAGCUGGUGCCUAUGGGCAGCAGAACACAGAGGGGCACACCAGGCUGCCAGGGCAGCUGCCAUUCGUUGUGGGAUAUUUGUGUAAAUCAGAAAUAGCUGAAGACAUGGCCAUGGGCUUUAGCCAUAGGUAAGCAACAAGCCCAGUUAAAGAGAGCGAUGGUCCCAGUCCUCCCUCCUCCAGCUCUCCCCAGACAAUCUUUACCAACCCAGCGUGGCUUAGUUCUACGGGCUGCAAACAUCAAUGCUGUGACAGUAACGGGAAGCAUUUCCCCUUUGCUUUCCAGCCCAGUCCAGCCCCACUGUGCUGCUGGGACACUCAGCUCUUCCCAAGCAUUGUCUUUUUCUCUUUUUUGCUGCAAACCAAGGAGCGGUGUGCUGCUCUGCUGCCCAUGCAUCCCAUCUCGACAAGGUUUGCUUCCCACGUUACUUGUUACCUGAGCAGGGCCAGCGCUGGGGGGUGCAGCUUCGCCUCCCUGGCUGUGAAAUACGUGGUGGAAGUGCACCCAAGCUUCGGCACCAUCUCCCUGUUGUCCCUGGAGUCCGGAUGGGCGUCCCAGCCUUUGUCUCAGUGCCUUACACACCUCCUGCAGGGCAGCAGGGGAGGGCCCCGCCAGCGAGCGCCGCGUUCGUCCUUCGCCGUUUAAAAUGCGUUCAUUUUUCUGACAGACUGUGAUCUUGAGAUCGUUUUUUCUCGCUUCUUCAUCACGCGGGUGGCUGUGAGAAGUAAUUAUUUUAGCAUAUGGUGAGAUGUGCAAUUAUUACCGCUAGGCUCUUCGUCAAAGACAAUCUGCUUUAGCGCGGCCCUCCCGUGAGCGCCGGCGACACGGGGCUCGGUCAAUUCCGGCACAGGAAGAGGCAGCCCCCCCCCGACAAGUUCUUAAUUUCUAAUUCCUCCCAAAAGCCCUGACACUGUUGUUAAUGGCAAAUAAUAACGGUCACGGGAUGGAGCCUUAAAAUGAAUCACCAUAGCUAGAUGUCAUGGGCUAUUAAUUGAAUAAUUGCUUGGAGUUAUUGCAUUCGUGAUUUUGGUGAUGAAGGCAUUUUAUCUAUAGUUAACGCUCACGCUCUCAGCAAACCUGUGACUUGUGAAAAGCGCCUUAAUGUUCCAAUAAAUCCCAGCUCCCAUGGCAGGAUCCCCCCGGGGGCAGCAGGGUGGGUCCCUGCAGUGUGACAGCCCGUGGCACCAGGCAGGGUGAGAGCCACAGAUGGGGCAGUAGGGAACAGACACCACAGGCUGUGUUUGCUAAAGGCAGGGAGACAGCACGCUCAAAGGAAAGCCAGGCCACGUGGAGCUCCCGGAGCAGCCCUGCCCUUCCUGCUGCCCGGGCGGUGGGAGCCCCGGUGCCGGUCCGAGCUCUCAGGUGGCACGCUGUGGAUCUGUGUCCCGGGGGGGCCGGUGCUCCCCACGCACAGCUCCCGGCUCUAAGUCAGCAGCAAAUAUGCAAAUGCACUCAGAGGAGCACUCCCGCAGAUGUUCUUAUUUAAAACAACCUGAACCCACCUAAAGUAAUAACCCAAAACUGCCUCACCGCUCCCAUACGUUCUGAGUCACUGCUGCAGAAUACCACAGGAAUAUUAUUUUUUAUAAGAGUGAACCAUUUGCUAAAUAAGCCACCUGUUAAAUAAACACUCCCUCUCUCCAAAUAUCGCUGUUUUGUUUUCCAGACUAUGCACAAUCUGGAUUUAUUUUAGAUGAGAAAAGAUAAUCACUUAAGAAAAAACCCUGUAUUUUGACUAUUUGAAACCAUCCAUCUUGUGUGCACAUCUGCUCCUCCACGAGCUGGCAGAGCGCUUACAUUAACGAGAAUCAUCGUUCCUUAUUCAGCCGGGAGCUAAUGAACUUCUAUCAUCAGACCAUGGCAGUCACCAUUUAUUUUAACUUCUCCAAGCCUUGAGUUGUUUCCUAUCUGCCUGGCCUGGCUCGCCAAGGGCAGUGUCUUCUCACGAGGACAAUCACUGAGCUGAGGACAGAGGCCAGCUCCAGUCUCACUGCACUGUCACCUUUCCCACGCUUCUAAAGCCACGCUGAGCAUCACCCCACCUCCAGCAGCACGGCUCUUGCUGCUGAGUUCCCUGCCCCACAGCCACAUGCACUCAGCUCCAGCUGCAGGGGGUUCACGCAGGCAAGGUUCAGCAUUUGCUUUUGAGGGCUUCUCGCCAACCUAAGGGUCAGGGUCCGUCCGGGUCCCAAAAGCCACGGCCGCAGAACGGCCCCCCUGGGCGCUGCAGUGUUCCUCCCUUGUCCCAGAGGUGGGAGAGCAGCACUUGCAGACUGGCCGUGAGGAGCUCCACGCAUCCCUUGUGCGUGCGGACGUUAGCGGGGAUUUCAGACGGCUUUGGCAGCUUGUGCGUCCCCGGGUCUGCAAUUAACAGCUUAUCGCAAGUAAUUACGCGGCACAGAGAGAGGCUUGCAGCUCGGGUGUGAGCCCUCACCCACAGCGAGCACAACGUCCCCCUAUGCUGCUGAGAGCACUGCUGCUCGCUGCUCUCCUCCGACACGCAGCACUGCAGCCUCCCAGCCAGCAGCCCUCUCCUCCGGGCUCGGAGCUCAGCAGCCACGGGCUCGCCGAUGUCUGUCAAGCACUAAAUCACUUUGUGACUUUUUCCCGAGCGCUUCCAUGCGUCUUGACUCUAAUGCAAAACCUUAGAAGAUUUCGCAAAGCCUGUACUACUCAUUUCCCUUCAAGUGCAGCUCACAAAUUAAUGGUGCCUGUUAAUUAGGCAGCUAAACCCGAAGGAGAAAAGAAAACCCUAAGGAGAAAAAAAAGUAAUGCUUCUCAUUUGAAGGUGCUGUGCUGCAAAAGGCGUUAAAGACUUGAGCCAGAUUUUAAUAACUAAGAGACGCUUUAAUUAGAGUUGACAUAUGAACCGAGUACGUGUGCCGUGCCCAGCGUGGGCUUACAUACGUGUGUAGCCUGCAUAGAGAUGUGUGGCUUACGCACACAUGGGUGAGCGGAGCCCAAAGAGGCUGCCAGCCUUCGAACCUCUGUGCUCUUUGAUGCUUUGCAGAGAGGAAGAUUUUGCAUACCUGAGUCUCCCUUACUUUAGCAGCACUAGUGCAAAAAAAAAAGUUGAUUUGGAAUUAUUGCAGCUGCUGUUAGAAAAAAAAGAAAAAAAAAAGGAAAAAAGUUGCAUCCAUUUAGGACAGACUCUUCCCUCCUCAUCUCAUCCUGUUCCGUACAGAAAUCCAGGAUUUGUUGCACUCAAAGAAUAGACUUCAAAUUUCUAUACUCACGUCAGGGCAGCAUUAAAUAUUAAAGCAAGAUAUUAAAAUUUCAGAGAGCCUAAAUUAAACCUGAGGUAUUCAAAAAUAAGUGUUCCUGCAUAUUUAAUACUAGAGAUCUCGUAAUUAACUUUAGAAAUCUCUCAUAUUAAGAAAAUGAGGAGCUGCCUAAAAACCAGUGACCACGGCUGUGACCUUCCAGGCACACGCUGGGUUUGCUAUAGAGGAGGCACCGAUUUGUGAGCAGGAGGAGGAGGCUGGAAGCAAAGUAAGCCAGGGUGGAUGGGGUUUGUAUGUCCAUGGCAGGAGGUCUUCACUGCCCAUGGAGUGGGUAUGGGUUAAGCCCAGUCCUUAGCAGGCUGCUUGCCCAGCUGAGCAGUGCCCUGGCACAGGGCAUCGGGGCAUUUUUUCUCCCUUCACCUGAGUUCCCGGGGCUGUGAAAUAGCUCUAGUAAUCACACGGCUCCUCGAGAUUUAAAGCCUUAUUUAAGCACCUGAAUUUAUUCUAACGUUUUUGUCCCACGUGCACUGUUGUAAAUGAGAAGUUGCUUUCAAUCAAUGGUAUGCCAAAUUUUUAGGUCUCUCCAAGGAUUUGAGCAUAGCAAACAAGGACAGUGACUUACAGCACAGCCUGCACGUGGCCACGAGUCCUGCAGGUACCAGCAGCAGCAGCCAGCUCCUACACUGUGUGCUGAGCCUGCGGGCUGAGUGGUAGUGCCCCUGCUUAAAGCUGCGUAACUAAGAGUACUCAAUUAGCAGAGACUGCACCCUGGCUCAUGAACACUGGGCUCUGUGUCUGUGGAAAUCAAGUAGAGAUCGCCAAAACCCCUCCCACGGUAGAACAUAGCCCUGUGACAACGGGCAAGCUCGAGGUUACGGACGCUGAUUUAACACUGACAGUUUGUCCAGGCAAAGUAAAUACACAUUUUAUGUGCCUAUACAAAAGCCGCUCCACUAUUGUGGCAAAAGGAGUCAUCACCUUUGUCAGUGGUGCCACCAAAUGACUGCCACGUGUCACACAGCAGCUGGCACUCGUCUCUGCGGGCAGGGUGGGCAGUGACACAGCACUCCAGCAGCAUCCCCUGGUGCAGGGCUCCCAGCAGCACCCUGGGGACCCAGGCCCAGCCCACACUGCAGCACACCUGCGGGCUGCGAUUUGUUAGGACGGCCGCCAACUUGCGGUACUCGAUGUUGGAGGGUCGCUCAGUACAAUAGCAAAGCACUCGUUUCCAGCAGAAUGUCAGAUUACGGAUGGAGGGAAAGAGAAGGGGCUUGGAGAGAUAAAACCAUAUACUGACAAAACAAUAAAGGAAAAAUCAAUCUUUAUGACAGAUGAGAGGGGAGAUUUACAGUGUAAUCAAGAAAGCACAAAGAGAUUCAUGGCUUGCCAGAAUGGUAUCCAGGCAGCACUAUUCUAUAGACGGCAACACAAUCGCGCCGCCAGAUCUGUUUGCGUGUUUCCGAACAAAUCUCUCCGCGCGUUCUGUUGGAGUGGGCACUACAGGCGUGGAUCUUGGUGCUCCGUCUGCACGGCGUGCCUCUCCGUGCACCGCGUGUGAUGCUCCCAAUCCUCGCGCUGUUCCGAUGCAAUCAUGCACCGCGGCAAUGGCUGGAGAUAAGGAGCUGCCCGGAGGGAGAGGCAGCGCCACGCGGCUCCUCCUCGCACAGCCAGAGCAGCAAUUAGCGUGGAAACCAAGGCAGCCCUGCUCUGCUAAUGAGCUUCUGGCUGUCGGGCCAUUGUCUUAAUUUCUAGGCAGUUGGAUAAAAUAUCUUCUAGAUAGAUAGGAUCAAAAUGGCCGCUCAGCUAGAGUCCAAAGGAAUCCUGAUCUACGAGUUUAAUACCAUGUAAAGCUUAACGUAUACUUCAGCCUGAACCGGUUCAGAUUGCCUGGCAUUUUUUAUAUAAAAAGCAAGAAUCACACAGCGAGACCCCGAGGCGAUUUAAUCGUCAGAUGCAGCAAUGGAAAAACAAACUUUUUUUUUUCUCUCUCUGCAGAGCCUCUCCUGCCCUGUGGUGGCCACCCAGGCCUCCAGGGUCCGUUCCCUCCCCUCCAGCAAACCAGAGGUGCUGGGCCAUGGGCGCUCUGCUGGGCCACAGGCUGUGCCCACAGGGGUGGACCUGCCCUGCUGUGCUCACCCCCACCCUGGGACCAGCAGCAGGCACUGGCUGGGAGCUGUCAGCAGUGCAGCAGAGCCCAGGGCCUGCCAGGCCUUGGUCCGGUCGGUGCAGCUCGCUCCCCUGCUUGGCGUGGCAUUCAGGCCCCAGCCAGGCCACCUGCUGCCACCGCUCCGCACUUUCCUUGCAUCUUGUCCUUGCGCUCAUAAUCAGCUCAGGGCUCGUGGUAACAACAACGAGAACAAAAUCAGCACCGAGAUAGGCAGACAAGCUCAGACCCAGCCGGGAAAACCGUGAUGCUGAGUCUUUUUUUCCCCAACAUCUCUCAAAACAUCUCAGAGGAGGGUGUCAAGUGCAGAUCCACCGGGAAUCUGCAAACCCAGGCAACAUGCAAUUGCAAAACAAGGCAUGCACAGGGGUUAAACACACAGACCAGUCUGUAGCGUGGAUAUAGGUUUGUAGACACUCUCACCCUGUCAAUUAUUUAAAGAACAGCCGAUGUAGAGCACCACAGCAGAACAAGUUAGAGCAGAGACCCAGCAGACUGGUGGUGAGUCUCCCUACCAUUCCCACCAACGACAUCACCAGAGAGCCCUGGCUUUAACAGAAUGACACAAGUUACGUGGAUGUCCACAAAAUCAUUCAUGCAGUACUCUGACAAAGCACAGCAUGGCACACAGGAUAGAAACAACUAUGAUACCAGAUACAUUGUUUACAUAUGGUGGGGAAUUAAUUCAUCCUCCAUGAAGCCCUGCAUCGCAGUAGCAAUAGAUCAGUUGACUGAUAAAGGCAGCAGCACUGAAAAUUAUGAGAUCUUUUGGCCUACUGCCUUGGUCAGGAAAAUGACAGAGAUUGGGAACUGCAUCACGCUCUUCCUUGGUCUCUCCCUGCUUUGCUCCAUUGAGGCCUUGGUUAGCUCCUGCUGUCUUUGUGUUUAGAAAGUCAGGAGCAGAAAUGCGAGCAGAGGAAAACCUUGAAGGCAUCAGGUUGACACCACACUGCUGCAAGUAACAGCUGACUGACUGUAAUCCUUCAUUUUCCCAAGAGAGUUUCAAAACAAUGAACUUAUGAUUUUCAAGCCAAGCCAUUUGUUUAUGUCCUUUUCUCCCUCGUUCUCAGAUGGUGGGCAACCAGAAUUCUAUUUCGCACCAAGUUCUCUGGCAGUAUUCAUCCAUAAUCAUCAACAAAAUAAGUUAAUAUAUGUAGGCGACUAUAAUGACAGUAAAUGCAGUGUAGGAGGGAUAAUAUGUGCUUCAUUGUCAAUGCUCACAUGCUGAAUUAAAUACUCUAUUCUGGUCAAACGCUAACACAUUCCUUGAGCACUUCUCCAUAAACACGUUUUUUAAAUGCGGUAGAAUACAGAAGUGAUAUGAAUAAUAUAUUGAAAUAAUCUGAUACACGCGAGUUUAAGCAGCGGUGUUUUUCUGCAGCGUGUCGCUUGGUACUCACACUGGCAUGAGCUGCAUGAAAAAAGUCUUCAUGAUAAUAUGAGUUCAGCCCUGUGUCGAGUACACCCAUCAGGACCACGGUAGCAUCAGCCCUCAUCUGUAAAGGACAUGUUCUUUUCACAGUGGGUUUGGCCACUGAGCAUCGCCUCAGCUUCGAGCGCCGGUAGCUAUUGAUUAUUCCUCUUCUCUGAUAUACUUGAGACUUUCCCUCUUCUGGUUCGCAUCGCAGCCAUGGGGCAGGAAGCUGAGGGGUGUGAUGCUGUGUUGAUGCCUUGAGCAUGAGCGCCGCAGGCCUCGCACAUCUGGCUGAUGCUUUAAUUACUCUGCUAAUACAGGGAGGGCUUUAAGAAGCAGUAAGCAGCAGCACCCUGAAUUAAUGCCUUGCUUCUCUACUGUCUGUUCUUCACAAAGAUAUUUUCCUUAGCAAUCCAGAGCUAAAGGCUUAGUACACUACCAUGUGGUAAGACAACUUAAAAGAAUAAAUAGGUUCCGCAACACAAAGCUCAGUAUUAAAAAGACGAUGUGAGAAUAGCGUCUAAACGGUGCCACCUAUUUUAGAGCUGAAAACAGGCUCAGAAAAAUCAAGGCAACUUUCAACAAGUAAUGUAAGCUGGUUUUUAAGGUGAUCCGUUAGAAACUAUCAAUCAGUUCUGGCUUUGUGCUGCAUGGUGAACAGUGAAAUUGGAAUAAAUAAAAGAAUUUUGCUGCUCCCUGGCCCCAAAAUGUCCCCAGCACCAACACUGGCUGUGAACCCUGUGUUGGGGCAGCAGCCCUGGCCUGGGGGUCCCAGCAGUGAGGAACAGAGGGGGCAAUGUCUCUGGGGGACAGAAUGAUCCAUCGGAGCCCUCUGAGACAGGACGUAGGUGAUAUUUUCACUACUGAGGGAACAGAGCUCUUUUUUCAUCCUUCUUUCCAAGGAGAUCUCCGCCUUCUAGGCAGAGACCCAUUGGCAAUCGAUAGCUCCAGGAGCUGUCAGUGAGUUGCUCUAUGCAGUAUAAAGACUGGGUCAAAAUGCUCUAUAUUUAAAAAAAAAAAUAAAAUCAUCACACAUGGCCAGUUCCAGCGUGUUGGUGGAUUUCCAUUGAUCCUGUGACUAAUGCCCAAAGAAUUCUGACUGUUUCAAGGGUGCUUACUCAUAAUUAUAAACUUCCACUUUACUUGCAAAGUACGUCACACAUAAUUGUGUAUCCUUCCGAUACCCCUUGGUCAGAAAAACGAACCAAGCACUAAUCAGAAAGACCUGAAGCUGAAUGCUUCACUAGCAGAGUUUGGAGAUACAAAGCUACGGCAGUGCAGGUGUGCAGGAUGCUUUGGAGUGCGGGGAUGGGGAGCUGAGGUGCUGCAGGAGCCAGCGAGCACUGCCAGCCACAGACAGCCUUGCAUUUUCCCAUUUGUUUCACAAUUAGCUCUCUUUUCAAUCCAAUGUCAGUACUUAUUGUUUGAACUCUGAUGGGCUGGUUUGCCAAUUAUCAUCAAUGUCUUUUGUGACGCAGCUUGCCCAGGCUUUUAAAGCACAAUUACCAGCGUGUUUCAGCAGAUAGGAUGCCUGUGACAUUUUCACAUGCUGAAAAUAAAUACAUAAAAUAUAACAAAACAAGACUUUUAUUAGCAACGUACUUCUAGGAAGGAAUAUAAAAUAGCCAUUAGGAAUCAUUGGUCAUUAUGACAAGGAGGAAGAUAGCUUUCUUCGGGAUUUGAUUUCUUUUUUCUCCUUAAUGGGUACUCCCCUUUCACCAUCACCAGCAGACAGUCUUGUCUAUUAACAUUUACUCGGCACUUAUCACUUUUAUAUUUCUUCAUAACCUCAGCAAUUCAAAUAACACUGCAGCUCCGCUCCUGAACCUUUACUUUGGGACACAUGGAUAACGACGUAGCACCCAAGAUGUCCCCACCCUCACUGCCAUCGCAGAAGUCGCCAGCUGGGGUCAUUUGGCUAAGUCAAUCCUGCACCCUAUUCAAGGAAAACUAUGUUUAUACCUCAUCCAAAAGGGUUUUGCAAAGUAGUUGUUGUUCGGUUUUUCAUCUGCAAAAUCCAUUGUUCUGAGGCCCUCACGCAGACAGAGGUGUGCUGUGUCUGCACAGGGCAGCUCCUUCCAGCAGCAGCACCCCUGUGCCUGCAGGAGAGCUGAGCAGGGCUGUGCACAGCACCACUCCGUUCUGUGAGGGCAGAGCUAGAAGACAAGAGCUGUGCUAACAGGAGGCUCAGAUGUGUCCUCUUAAUACUCCUACACUGUAUUUAAUUGACACUCCGUGUGCAGUGCAAAAUCAAUUACAGUGCAACACCAGAUUUAAAUGCAAUGUCAAUCCAACUGCGGUUUGGUUUGCCCUCUGUGAGGCAGGGUCAGGCUCUGUUAGACAGGAACCAGGCAAGAACCAGCCCAGACUUUUCCAAUUAAAACUGGAAUGGCAAAUUAUUAAGAGGGGUCUGCACUAUUUCUAACGGUGAAAAACAGAUGUUGGAUAGGAUGAGUUCCAUAAUGACAGCCCAGAGCUGAUCUCUAGGACAAGAGGAGUGACUUAUGAAUGCCCAUGGAUGCAGCACAGCUACCACUAUCUGCUUUUUUCCUCUUUCCUGCAGAGCAGGUCUAACACAUCACAGUACUUGGUGUUACACCCUGGGCCUACAAUGUUUCUUAUCUGUUAAACUGGCCACGUGAAGGGUUAGGGUGUGAAACUCGGAUUCAAAGCAGAAUCUUUCUCUUAGCAUUUUAAAAGUUUUGCAGAGAUAACCCAAUCUUAGCCAUGGAACACUGGCUCUUGGUUACAUGGCUCUGGGAAAAAAAAUCAUAGCACCAUAGAACAGUUUGUUAGAAAGGACUUCCAAAGGCCAUCUGGUCCCACUCCCUGCAAUGAGCAGGGGCACCCACAGCUCCACCAGGUGCGCAGAGCCCCAUCUCCUGACCUUGGGUGUCUGCAAGGAUGGGGCACCUCUGCCUCUCCAGGCACUGUUCAAAUCCUCCAAGUAAAUUGAUGAGCAAGGUUCCUACCUGUUGUUCAUGCCUCUCUUUCAAGUAAUGAAUACAGUCAGUGUGGGAACUGACUCGGGUUACAAAGCCAAACCUCGUUUCAAGCCACGUGCAGCAGCUUCAUCAUUUAAAUACAUUCUUGUGCAGUAUACCUACGACAAAUGAUUUGCAUCCCAUGGCAAGUCUCAGUUUUUAGGCUAAUGAACGGAUAUCUCACGCUCGCUGACUCGGGCCUUCCAUCUCCCCAGCCCCACGCGUGCAGCUUUGUUCUGGCAGGUUUGAUGCGUUUGCCCUUUACACCGCUGGCAUUUGCUGCUUAAUUACCAGGCGGGGCUGCAAAAUGGGACCGCGGCAUGCAGCCUGCGUGCAGCGAGAUCUGGAAGUGCCGCGCAGCAGGAUUCCUCUUGCAUUUGUGAAAUCACUCAGCAGAAUUACAGCUUUUGCUGGCAAAGCUACUUAUAAGCAAAUAAGGUCAAAAAAUCAUUAAGGAGCCUGAAGGGAAAGCCUGGCAUUAUUCAUCCGUUCAGAACAUAAAGCUUCUGUGUCAACCGCGAGCAGUUACAGUAAACAUUUGUACAGCACUUCACCUCCGUAGAUGGGGUGAGCGCGGGGGAAUUAUUGCUGGUUGGUAAUGUGAUGGUUUCCCUGCGAACACCGAGCGAGGGGAGCAGGGGGGAUGCUGCCACACAGCCCCGCCAGCAGCACACUGCUCCCUGCAGGGCCCUGGGCUGCAGCCUGCUGCUCCCCAGCCUUGGCAUGAGCAAAAGGGGAGAAUGGGAAACGAACAAGCACAUGAAAGGAGCACCGUGCCGUUUCCAUGGCCCUCUUACGUGCUGCAUCCAUUUUAGGUGCAGCUGACCAAUGAAAAAUGGUUUUCCAUCUGUAGUAUUAUCUUAAGCGCGAAAAAAAAUCUUUUUGCAAAAGACCAAUAUUCCUUUUAUAGCACCAGUUACGGAAACUUGAGUGUUAUUUAGCAAGUAUAGAAUCCAUCCUUUCAAAAAGUGUAUUUCAGUGGAACUUGCCAGGUGUAACGUUAGAACCAAUGCCCGUAUUAAAAUAAAUAUGGAAUCAAAAAGGUUGAAUGCAAGUACAAAUCCCUUUAUCCUAAGACCAAAAGAAAGGAAGAUCCAAGUUGGGGGCGUUUCAGUCACAGACCACAUGGCAGAGGUGUGCUGGAGAGCAAUCACGUUAUUUUCUUAGUAGAAUUCUUCUGUAGAUCUGUACAUAGUGAACAUAAUCUCUGAAUUCUCUGUGAGAAAGCAGCUCUCCCUUUAUUUAAUGCUGGCUUCCCCGGGACAGCUGUUGUCCCCCGCCUUGAGCCUGGUGCUGGUGUUGUGCAGCAGGACUUGUCUCCUGGCAGCACAUUCCUGAUCCCAGCCGGGUUGUUCUGCAGAGCUGCUCUAUGCUCAUGUAUGCGUCUACAGAGCUGUGCCUCUACUCAAGGGAUGGACCACUUCAUGGUUUGAGUGAAGUGAGCCAUGCUGAGAUGAGUACAACAGAAAGUGGAAUCAGGCCCAGUGCAUCUGCCUGUGAACUGCCCAGCAUGGCAUACCUUGGGCUUCCCAUCUUGCUUCCGCUUUGCAGAAAGUGAGGUGGAACCAUUACAUUAAAAAUAUGAAACCAAAUGCAAAUCAGCCUGUGAACCAAGGAGCUUGAAUCUCAUUUGGGGGCACAGUAAAAGGGAUGAGCUAAUACGAAGCAAGUAGAAGAUGCUUCCCCCCAGUCAACCUUAUUGAAUGAAGUACUUCCUAGUAGUCCAAAGAGAGGAAGCGUGCGCUGCACACUCGUGCUCAGACACAAGUCAUGAAUUUUAAAAAACACAGAUAGGAUUUCACGUAUAGGAGUCAUCCCACAAGCACACCUCAGCUAUAAAAGAAGUCACCAUUUUUACCUGGUGCCCAGAACUCAGUUCAGUUUAGAUUGGGUACAUUUGUCUGAUAGUAUUAAUGGUCAGACCAAACAAAAUCAGCCACCACAACACGCUCUUGAUGAAUUUCAGAACGGCAAACAUUGAGCUAGGUAAUAGCAAGUGUCGGCAAGUGAUGCUGCACUUUACUCUAGAACAAAUACAAGGUCAUAUCGAUAAAAGAAAAGCCGACUCCAGCCCUUACUCGUGCACGGGCAGCUUUCCUGCAAAUAAACUUGCAUAAAUCACAGUGAAUCAAAGAGUAUCGCUGAGUGCGACUUGGGAGCACUGCUGUACACGUGCCACUCACACCGUGUCGAACUCGGGUUCACAUUAUGGAUGAUACCCAUCACACCGUUAUCUGUCUUCUGCUGAUGAAAUUUGUGCUGUGAGUCAAUGUACAGCAUCCGUGUCAAAAGAUCAGAUAUUGUAUUUGUUUGUUUUCUAGCUUGCUUAUAGCUGAUAACAGCAUAAGCCGAGCGAAUCCAAGGAAAAAUAAUUCAUCACAAUACACUGGUCCCCCCCUGCACAGCUGCAGAGACAUUCCCAUCAUGAGUGUGAGUCCAACUGCAUCAAAUUCUGCUUAAGCAUCAUCCAUCAGCUGCACAGAGAGCACUUUCCUAAGGCUCCUGUAAGGCUGAUGGAGCCGAGCAUGCCGGCCGGAGCCCAGCCAGGUCAGCAUUCCCCAGACGCCCACCACAAAGCCACCGUCCUGUUGCACUCCUGCCCCAUGCCAGGCCCUGUGCCAUGGGGAUGUCCCUGCCCCACGCACCGGGGUCACCGCGGCCCCAGCUGCCACCCAUGGAUAAAGCCAUCCCCACACAGUGACCCCACGGACAGCCCGAGGGGUCGCAUCGCCUCUCCCUGUGCUCAGACUCCUUCUGUUAAGGAUUGUAUCUAAUUCCAGAAUCAGGUUAUGGACUGCACGCCGUGUUAUGAUUAGAAAGUGAUACAUAUAGAUAUAUAUAGAGUAACCUUUUUUAAGUCAUUUCCAAAUAGAUCAUCUCCAAUACGACAGGACAGGGUGAGGGGUUUUGUUUUUAAACAAGCGCUUCACAGUCACUAAAUUGAACGGAUGCCUUAUUUGUGAGGGUGGAAGGGAUUUGGAGAAGCAGCCCCUGCUGCACAGGCAGCCACAGAGCCUUGCGGGAUGGACAGUCCAGGCAGCAGGGCUGGAGGUCCCACAAGGAGCAGAAGAGCCUCAGCAGAACAGACAGGAAAGCUUUUUUUCCAAAGCCACUCGGUAACUGCCUUGUAACCUCACGUCUGUACCAUGGUAGGAAAGAAAUCACAUCCAUUAAGUUCCAGUGGGAGCUACUGGUGAUAGGUGGACGGUUGGACUGGAUGAUCAUGGAGGUCUUCUCCAACCUUGGUGAUUCUUUGAUUAAAUGCUGGUCAGGUGAACUUCUCCCAGGAUCAAAAUAUAGCGAUGUUUUCUUUUUCUAUUGUUUUUAAUAAGUUUAACCUGAGGUCAACAGCGUCCCUAACACUCUCCAAAACUCAGCAACAGCCCAUAGGGACGAGUAUACUUAUCUCCUGCAUCUGUUCUCCAAAUUAAAUCAGAAAGUGCUUAUAAAGGAACAUUCCUGGCAGUCCCCAGGGAAGCUCUGCCAGAGACGUGCAGUGACAGCAAUGCUCACUGCCGGGAUCUCUGCAAUGGGGCACGGCCAGAACCUUUCUUUUAUUCCCCCUUUUGUAUUGUACCAAUUGUAAGGGAAACAUCACGCCACCACAGGGAUAAAAUCUGGAGCACUGACGGCGAGACUCCGGUUGGUUUCAAUGGAUCCAGGCUUUCAUUUUGGAUGUCACUGUGCCGUGAGAGCAGGGACAGCCAGCAUGCCGCAGCAGCAAGCAGCCGUGCCCUCCCAUUGCAGCACCAUUGGUGUUUGCUCUGGUGCUGGGAACACGGUGCGAGGGCAUGUUAGUGGCAGACGUGAAUGCAAAGGCAGAGUCCGUGUGCCAUUAACACACCACUGACCUGCAGUGCUUGCAGUAAAGAACCACGUGGAACUACAGCCAAAUCCAACAAGCCCAAACUUUAGCACUGCACGGCAUCUUACGACACACGCAGUGUUUCCAGUAGCAACAGACGACGAGAUGUGGGGGCUGCAGCCUAGUAGGACAUACCCGUGUUUCUCGCUUCUAUGUACUAUUUUGUAUGGGUUAGAGAAGAUGGCCUCUGUCGUGCAUUGUUUGUGAAAUGUUUCUUAUCCCAGAGAGGUGUACGAUGUAAAAUACGUCAGUGAAAAGUGUAUAUUUUAUGUGAGAGGAAAAUACAUUUUAAUAAAGGUAAAGCUUUGUUAGCUGUAAAAAAUGGCAACUGUUCAAGUGUACAGUAACUUCUUACUAAUGUACGAAAAUCUGUGAUAUUUUUGAUUUGAUUGUAUUUGUAUUGCCCAAAUAAAACAUUUUGGCUGUAUUGUU